AUGAGCUUCUCAAACGCACGACCCCAUGAGUACGCUAAGCACUCGUCUAGAUCCAUUAUUAUCUCUGCAUUGUCUUUUAUUAUCUUCGGCUUGUGUGAGCUCAACGCAAGUAAUGCGUAUUUCAGCCGUAAGUCUUUGUCCGGGACCUUUCUCUUCUUGAGCAUCAUCAACACGUUCUCCACGGUCACGCUUGGUAGCAAUCCAAACAGAUCUCUCAGUAAGAUGAUAAGAUCAGUUUCCCGAAAUUGGACCGCCGAAGAUACUCAAUCUCAUCCUCUUGCAAGGAACUUAGGAUUGUGUCGAUGCUCUUUGCUUUGUGGUACACAUGGCGGUAGACGCGUGACCGAUGCGUUAGAAUUGCAUCCGCUCUCUCCCAGUCCCAGCUCGGUUUCAGUGUUGGCACCAAACAUUCGAGCUAUGGUCGAAUUGCAUCUUGGUGUCCCAUUGGCUGGAAUUUUGUUUUGUACACUCAACAUCCGUCAUGACUCCGCACUCGUAACAGUCUUACUAAGACACUCAGGAACAAAAGUUCUCUUCGCAGAUCAUAUGUUUCUCCAAAUAGCUCAAGGAGUUUGUGAAAUCCUCUCAAAGAAUAGUGAAAAAGCCUGGGUACACAUGGCGGCAGACGCGUGA